CGGGUCACCGCUCGACGUGCUCGACAAUGCACCGUGCUGUACGCCGUCUUAAUCUCUCGAGCUGCAAACCUGGUGCUGCCUUGAACGAGCUCCGCUUCGUUCCGCGUACUUACAGUUGCGGUGGACCGGCUGCGUGCUUCUCCACCUUGCCAUUUCGGACACGGCCUUCCUGCUCGACCCGCAUUCCCGGAUAUGCUUCAACAGGUCUACUACCUUCCUCAAUUAGAUCUCUACGCACUUCUGCUCGAAGAAACUCACCACCAUAUGAUCCAUUCGACGAAGACCAAGAUACCAGCCUUCUCGAGCAAGACAAACCUGACUUCGGCAACUACCAGAUCCUUCUUCCCCAGGAGCCCUUCAUCUUCGGCGUCAACCACAUAAAGCGCCGCUCUGUUCCCAAGAGAAUAACUCGGCCGCCGAACUACCCGCAAGAUGGCGAGGAAGUAGACCCCGACGCUGACUUGCCUGACGCGGGUGCAAGCCGGGUGUUGAUUUCACUUGGAGGAGAGGAAGAGCGCAAGAUACGUGCGUCGUGUAAGCUUGCAGCGGAAACGCUCAGAUUCGCUGGGAGCUUGGUUAAACCCGGCGUCGCCACUGUCGCCAUAGACGAUGCUGUGCACAAGUUCAUUGUCAAGCGAGGCGCGUACCCGAGCCCACUAGGGUAUGGCGGCUUCCCGAAGGCGUGUUGCACGAGCGUUAACAACGUCGCGGUGCAUGGCAUUCCAGACAAACGACCGCUGCAGCCCGAAGACAUCGUCAAAAUCGACGUCACCGUCUACCUCGACGGAUACCACGGCGAUACGUGCAGAACCUUUCCAGUCAGUGCCCUCGAUGUCGACGAGCCCGGUCAUGCGCUCGUCGCCGCUUCGGAAGCCGCGCUCGCGGCAGGAAUAGAGGCGUGCGGUCCUGGGAAGCCAUUCAGAGGUAUCGGGAAGUCGAUAUAUAACACAGUAGUAAAGGGGAAAGACCUUUCGCCUUCAAUCAGCCCCGACCCCCGGUGGCGCUCCUACGGACCCUACUGCGUCUCCGACACCUUUAGCGGUCAUGGUAUCGGCACUGAGUUCCACCGUCCUCCAUGGAUAUACCAUUCCUUAAACGAAGAGCCCGGGACGAUGGCGCCUGGAGAUGUGUUCACGAUUGAGCCCGUCGUGAUACAAGGGAGCGACCCAAGCACGUGGAUAUUCCCGGAUGGGUGGACAGCGUCUACGGAGAACUGCGCGCGCGCUGCCCAGGCUGAGCAUACCGUCCUCGUCACAGAGGACGGCGUCGAGGUGUUGACGCGGUGGGACGACUCGGUUGAGGACUGGCGAGGCGUAUUCUAGUGUCAGUAUUUAUCGCUAUUGGGACGACUCAUGUAGGCCCACCCGGGUGAAUAAGAAAUCCGGCGGUCUCUACGCAAGAUGUACUUGAUCGUAAAUCAUCCUACAGUGAC